AUGCGCGUUUCAGAACAGAAGCCUGUGGCUGCGCUCUGGACAACCCACCGUUUCGAGGUGGUUGGGGAAAGAAGGCUCAGGGAUUGCCGCCGAACUCCCCUACCAUCACCGUUUCUUCGUGAAACGACGACGCUCGAGACCUCGACGGAAGGUCUCUCGUCUGAGCAGAUUCGUUCUCGGAUUGGGAUGGCCUCUAUUGUUGCCUGCUCGGCUGUAGCAUCAUCCAGCCGCAUCUCAUCAGGCCAUGUCGUCUCCUCUCAGGAGAAGUUCGGUGUAUCCGCUUCCCCUGUCCGCGUGACGUCAUCCGCGCAGCUGCGUACCUCCGCGUCCUCUCCCUGCCUGACCGCGCUGUCGCACAGCCAGUCGCAGACCGACCUGGAAGUCGCAAGCAGGAGCGCGUACCUUCCGGCGACGUCGCCGGCGAUUCCCCUUGACUUCGAAGAAACCAACGAAGUCACCGGCGAAUUGCCGUUUCCUCGCGAAGGCUAUUCGCUGGCGUUCGUGUACGGCACCCUGAAGAAGGGAUUCGGGAAUCACUGGCUUAUGCAGAAACUUAUGGCCGAUGGCGACGCCGUUAAAGUCGGAACCGCUCAAACGCUACAGAAUUACCCGCUUGUUUGCGGUCCGUUUCAGGUGCCGUUCCUGCUUCAUCUGCCUGGUAGCGGUCACAGGGUUCAGGGUGAGGUGUACGAAGUGAAUGCGAAAGCGGUUGCUGCGCUAGAUGUUCUCGAAGGGACGGACCGGGGACACUACAUGCGUUGUCCGUUGAUGCUCUCGGAUCUUGUUAUGAGCGAAAAAUACGCCGCUGGUCUCGGCGUCAAAUUCGCCAAUCUGAAGCAUGAGAAUGACGGAGCCGAAGCACCUGUAGCGUUCAUGGCGGAAGCGUAUUUCGCGGGGCUUGCGCACACACCAGGACUCGCCAUGGCCCGUCCUAUUGAGAGCUAUGACGCGAAUGCUGCAGCGACGUAUGUUCCAAGGAAAUUCAGACCUGAAGGGAAGACGUUUCUGGAGCACGUGCAUUCGUGGAUUGUUGACAAGAGGUUGCUGGUUGGUGUCAGAACGAAGCAGUACAAGUACCCGCUUUCUGUCAUUUGA